CCUACAAAUCUGCGUUGGCUUCAGAAGAAACUAUUGUCCCGAUGGAGUCUCUUCAAUCAAAUCCCAAAGGCGAACAAGUUGCUGUUUCAAUUUCUCUUCCCGACGAACCCACCGGAGCCGCUCUUCUUUUUCCAUCUCAACAGGUUGAUUCACCGCCACCUGAAUCAUCCGCCCCAGUCGAAGAACCAAUCCAUACUGAUUUACAAGCACAAGUCUCAAUUUCGCUUCCCGAAGAACCUACCGGAACCACUCUUCUUCCCUCUGAGCUGAAUCAUUCAGCGCCGUUGGAAUCGUCCGCUGUAGUCGAGGAAUCAAUCAACACUGAAUUGGUGAACGCAGAUGUAGUAGCUAUGGAUGUUGUUGAUCCACCCGGAUCCGAUUUGAAAAUUGAAUCCGAUUCCUUCUCUGAAGAAGCUCCUACUGCUUCUUCCGAUGAUAACCCUAAAUCUCCGAAACCGGAAUCUGUGGCUGACCAGAACGGUAGUGCGAUGGAGGAAGACGAAGGAGAUGACGAGGAAGAUGAUCCACCGCAUAAGAAGCAGAAGCAGUUAGAUUCUAUUACUUCAGUUGCUGUUAAGGAAGAGGAAGAGCCAGAGCAAGUGCAGCCAUCGGAAGCAAUGGUUGUGGAGGAAGCUGCGGGAACUCUGGUUGUGGCUAAGAAAUCGAAAUCCAAGAAGAAGAACAACAAUGUUUGGGUGACGAAGAGUACACGGAAAGGAAAGAAGAAGACCAAAGCCAACACGCCCAGUUCAGCAGCUGUAGAAGAUAAAGUACUGAUCACUCCGGUUCCAAGGUUUCCCGAUAAGGGAGACGAUACGCCUGACUUGGAAAUUUGCCUUUCUAAAGUUUACAAAGCUGAGAAAGUCGAGAUUAGUGAGGAUAGACUUACUGCAGGAAGUAGUAAAGGUUAUAGAAUGGUGAGAGCUACUAGAGGAGUUGUCGAAGGAGCUUGGUACUUUGAGAUUAAAGUUUUGAAUUUGGGUGAGACUGGUCAUACACGACUCGGGUGGUCGACUGAUAAAGGGGAUUUGCAGGCUCCGGUUGGGUACGAUGGGAAUAGUUUUGGGUUUAGGGACAUUGAUGGGUGUAAGAUACACAAGGCUUUAAGGGAGAAGUAUGCUGAAGAAGGCUAUAAGGAAGGUGAUGUUAUUGGAUUCUACAUAAAUCUGCCUGAUGGCGAAUCCUUCGCUCCGAAGCCUCCCCAUUAUGUGUGGUAUAAAGGGCAGAGAUAUAUUUGUGCACCUGAUGCUAAAGAGGAGCCUCCUAAAGUUGUACCAGGUAGUGAAAUAUCGUUCUUCAAAAAUGGUGUAUGUCAGGGAGUUGCCUUCAAAGAUUUUUUUGGCGGUCGUUACUACCCUGCUGCCUCGAUGUACACUCUCCCUGACCAGUCAAAUUGUCUUGUGAAGUUCAAUUUUGGACCUGAUUUUGAGUUUUUCCCUGAGGAUUUUGAAGGGCGUGCAACCCCGAGGCCAAUGAGGGAGGUUCCAUAUCAUGGAUUUAAUGGUAGACUUGAAAAUAAUGGUUCUGAUGAUAUGAAGAGUUAGACAAAACUGGCAGGCGUAUUCUUGACAAUUUAACACAGUUUUGCCAGAACUAGUUACUGGUUCAGAUUUGGUUGAGUGUAGUUGUUACAGUCAUAGGGUAGCAGAUGAACAAUGAGUUCUGUACAUGUCUACUCUGAAAAAAUCAGGAUGGCUUUUCUGAUCUCAGAACUGGAUUUCUUCUUACUGGAUUAGCCAUAUUUGUUAACGCUAUUGAUUGUUUGUUUUCCCUUACUAUGUAACUUUUCUGGAAGCCGAUAUUUAAUUUUUUCCCAAAUUAACCAUU